AAAGCAAGGGCGCCGCGCGUGGGAAGCAAUGUGGAUCCCAUGAGGCGAUGGAUUUGCAUGAAGGCCACCAGUAUUUGCCAGCAGGAUGUGUUGCCAUUGCCCGGAUUCUUGCUUCUUGGAAGCGCGAUUCGAUCCAGGAGGCAGCAGGAGCGCAAUCGGCAGCAGCAACAACAGCAGCAAUCUAGGGCGAGUAGCAGCGGUAUGAUGGGUGAGAAUCACACGACGAGUAGCAGCGGCGGUGGCAGGAGAAUGGGGGGAUUAUCGCGAGGUGAGGGCUUUCGAUUCGAAUCGCCAAAGAGAUUAUCGUCUAGGGGCAAGAAGAGCGAGGAAGCUGACGCGACGGAGCUGGGCCGGCGAUUCCAGAACGCGGUCAGCUGCCAUGACUGGGAGAUGGCCGAGAGCUUCAUCCCUUUGGCGGAUCCACAGCGCCUCAACGAUGGUUUGUGCGUAGCGCUCGACUCUUUGUGGUUCUUAAGCACCGAGGACGAGCUCUCCGGCGCAAUGCGGCUGAUCGAGAAGCUCAUCCAUGCCGGCGCCGACGAUUUCACGCGAGCAACGCUGCGUACUUCCUUCUUGGUUUCGUGCGUCUCGGCUUGUAGAAGCCGGACUAUGUCUCUCUCGGACACGGUGACCGUCAUGGCUCAAAGGCUACACGAUAGACUAAAGGAAAGUAACGAGGACGAAGACAUGAAAGCUGACGCUGCUGCCAAGGUGCAAAGAUUCACAGACUGGGCGCUCAAGUGCAUUGGCUCUCACUCGAGAGGCAAAGGGAAGUUCAGUCGAGGGGAAGGCAGCCGCGGUCUCCAGAGCUCCAUCGUCGAGUCGAGGAUGCAGCUCAUGGCUUUCAAGAGGUUUCUAGAGCUGGCCGGAAACAAGCUGACUGUGAAGGAUAUCACGGAAGCUUUCGACGCUGCGUGCUUUCCACUCACGCUCUUCUCCAACGCGAUUGAUCCGGGGUGGGCGACGGGGAUUGCCGCGACUGCCAUGCAGGGACUCUUAGGAAUCCUCGUGGAGGCGGGUGCUGAUAAUGUCAACCAGUGCUUCCUCGAGGCCUCGCGAUUUGGAAGCACCGAGCUCGUUCGAAUUCUUCUACAGAUCGCUCGAAGAAGCAAUGUCGAGUUGGACGUAGACUUGGCUCUGGGAUUCGCUGCUCACUACUGCAAGAUCAACACCAUGGAAUGCCUGGUGGAAGACGGCGGAGCCGACGCAUUCUUGGGACCCCUGAUGAGAGCCGCGGAGAGAGGUUCGAUGCAAGUGGUGCUGUGGUUUGUGGAGCGCGGCUGCAAGGACAUGGAACUCUGCCUGGCUCUUACAGCGGCGGCGGCAAGCUGCCGCCUCGAGGUGGCGGACUAUCUCCUGGCUCGAGUUCCCAGAUACGUCUUGCAAACUCUCAGCGUGGAGAUCAUCAAAGCCGCGGGAGAACGAAGCAGCGGGUCACUGGGAGGCAUCGCGUUCCUGCUCCAGUCGGAUUUCUUGAGCAAUCCAGAGGCGACUUACAGGCUCGCAGAUACGAUCUCGCGCUCCGAGGACGAGGCCAUCACUCCGGAGCUGCGGAGCUUCUUGCAAGAACAGUGGUCCGAGGCAGCGUUUGCGAGGGGACGGAGGCUGGGCGAGGUACACCACUUGAAUGUGAUGAGAGUUCUCAAGAAGGGGAACUCGGCGCUUCAUCUGGACGAGCUCCCGCUCCAGCUCCAGGUGAUCAUCGCUUACAUUCCGCUCUACAAGGAAUGCGUCGCCGCCAAGGGGGUGAUCUUGUCGCAGCUGCUGCGAGGCCAAUUGUUUGAUGCGGCGCUGCGAUUGAGCGCCGGGACGCUCCCGGGGACUGAGGACAUGCUCCUCAAAUCCAACAAGCAGACGCUCCUCUCCAUCGUCCAGUCGCGCUUCCCCACCUUCUUGCUGUGGAAGCAAGAGCCCUAACUUUUGAAUUUGAAAAGAUCCGAAGGAGAUUCCUCCAGCCAGCGGUGGCGAUUUUCUCAGCCCA